UGGAGUGUAAGCUCUGAGUUUCUUACGUCCAUGCCCAUAUUACAAACUGAUCUCCACUGCACCUGCUCCACAUGUGCUGUCCCUGUUGUGCCCUGGUGAUGUGGAGAUGUAGAAGCACAUCUGCAAGGACAGAGUUUCUGGACCAGAGAACUUUCAGUGUUACUGGAUUUAUAAUCUUUCUGUGAACUUUCCAGUGACAUUUCAAGUUAUAUGGUUUAUACUCUAUCUUAAUUAUCAAGUCAUUACAGAGCAUGCACAGUUGUCCUUAGUGCUAUUGCAGAUUCCCAGCUGUGGUCUUUUUUUCUUCUAGAAAUCCACUACACAAAUGCUGCUGGGAAAACAAUAGGCAGGGUGUAAGUUGUCUUAUGUCCCAUUCUUCUGGCAGCUCCCUUCUGAUGAAGACAUUUAUGACAAAAAGCAAACCUCUCUCCAGUUCCAGAGGUGCCACAUGAUCUGUCUGGGCCCCAUGGUCAGAGCUGGGCCCGGCUGAGCACAAGUGACUCCAGCAGGUCACAGCCCUGGCCAGAGAAGGCUGAGGCAAUGCUGUCCUGGUGGGUUAUGCAACCAAAGGCUCUGAGAGGGCUGUAUUUCUUAUUGGAAACAUCUGCCUGUCACUUGGCAUUUGAAUGAGCAGUUCGAAGCUGCUGGUAGGUGCUUGUGUCAUGGCAAUGACUGUGACAGGCUUUUUCCACCUCUGAGGAGAUGGUUGUGACAUUUGCUUUGACUGUGGCUUUGAAGCCACUGAGUUCCUGUGCUUGAGAGCAGACAGUGAGGAUGAAUGCUGCGUAAGGCUGUAUUUCAGAUCAACCCAGCAAUUAACACUGUGCAGGCAUCUGACUGGUGCUGCUGCACCUGUGAACAGCAGCAUGCCCUGCCCUGCCAGAGGCUGCUGCAGCCUUGGAAUUGAGCACGGACUGUUCAAUGCUGCCCUACAUCCUCUGCUGUUACACAUGGGUUGGAUCUGUUUGAGCCUCUUCUCCCUACAGCUUUGCAUGGUGCUCCAGGGAACACUGAACACUGCUGUUUCAGGAUCUGCACUUGGCUGCUUUUCCCUCUUUUCCAGGUGGGAGUCAGUGGAGAAAUGGCCCUCACUGAGUUUAGGAUUAAGUUAGGAAAGAAAAACUGUAAGGGACGGGUUGGUUUCAGGAAAGGAUUAGCCAUGGAUACAGCAUAAAGGUAUUCUCUUUUGUAUAGGAAGCAUGGGCAAUUGCAAGCUGAGGCAAUCAAGAAUGCAAACUUGUCCUCCCUCCCCUGAACUAUGCUUUGUUUCCACUGAGAAAAGGAAAGAAAACUACAAGACUUACCUAAUAUCUUGAAAUUGGGUGAUUUUAAGGUGUCUUUGAAAUGCAGAGGACAGCAGGCUUAUGAGAGCCCAGUACCACCAGUUUCCAUACUUUCUAACCAGUUAAACAGCUGAGACAGUUUAAGGCUGUCAGCAGCAGAACCUCAGUGCCAGCCCAGCAUUCUGUGUGUCUUCCAAAAGACAGGGUGUAGAGCAGGGCAGGCUGACAGGAGCAGCACUAGUAAGUGAAGCAUCUGCAAGCUUGCCCCCAGUAUUUGGGGGGUGUCCUAGGCAGAGGUCACCAGGAUGCCCCCUCUGGAGAGACUCCCACAAUGGUCAGAUCCCAAGCAGGAUUACAGAUAAGGCACCACAGGCAGAGAUGAGCCACUGGCCCGGAGCAGGGCGAGCCUGGUGACAGUGGCCAGGGUCGUCAGAGAGCCCUGAUCAGCAGAGCAGUCUGCAGUGAGGAGGGACAGGAUCAGCUCUGCCACCCACUGCCAGCACAGCUGCAGCAAAGCUCAGGCAAGGAGCAGGCCUGAUAGCCUGGACAUGAAUACAGCUCGUGUGCCAGGGGACAGUCACACUUAUCAGAGGUUUGGUCCCCAGCACCAGCUUCGGGGGAUUUGUGGGGUGUUGAUGGCUCUUUCUGGCAAGGCUGGCACAUGGGAUGAACCUUCCCAGCCUUUGUAGCAAAAUUCUGCUUUUACUGCCAAAAUUAAUCCCAGGUAAGCAUGAGAGACAGGGCACACUGCUCAGGGGUCAUGGAGGGAGCUGAUGUGGCUUGGCUUUGCUUCAACAUGAACAAGGGGAUAUGUGUGUGGGGAGGGUAAGAGAGAAGAAAAAGGUCCCAUCUUCCUGCACCUCUGCAAAGGAGUUUCAGGGUGUCCCACACAAACCCCAUGAUUUGAUGUGGGUCUUCCCCUCCUUUCCCCACUAGUUGCCUUUGUUUUCAUUGAAGAAACUUGGAGAUUUAACACACACACACACACAAAAAAAAAAAGAAAAGAAAAAAAAAAAAAGAAAAAAAGGGUAGGAUGUGAAGAAAAAACUGAUAGGAUUAAAGCAGGAUUUGGGCACUGGCAGAGAGCUGCCGUGGGUGGUGGGUAUUAGCAGUAACAGCUGCCGUGCUUCCCAUUAGAGGAGCAGGCGAGGAGGGUCCCUGAAAGGAUGGGUCCCCGGCAGGCUGGCAGGGCAGUGGUGGCAGCGAGCCCAGCAGUGAACGUGUCCCAAGGUAAGCGCCGGCGGCACCGGCAGCCGGAGCCCGGGCAGCCCCGGGAGCAGCGCUGCUCCCCGCGGGGACGGGCACCGGUGGGGCUGGGGUGGGAAACGGCACAGCCGGGGCAACAGCCAAGGGAAAGAGCUGCUCCUCGGGGCUACUUCCAUGAGAUCCUGCGAGAAAUCUUAUCCAGAAAGGGAGGUGUAGUUGUGCCCAGAUAGGAGGCUGGCUCCACGAAGAGGAGGCAUCGUGCUGCUGGUCCAGGAGGGCUGGGAGAGUUAGCAAAGAUUCCUGUGAUUUUCACAUGCAUCUUCUGGCACAUAAGUGGUUGGAGUGGCAGGAUGCUUGACUGUGGAAGGUUAAAUGCAUCCAUCUGCUUGCUGCUUUAGGCUGGGCAUGAACUGUUUUGUGUGCAGUGGUGCUUCAUUAGUCAGCUGGCAAGAUUCAGAAGUGCUUGAGAGGGAGGUGUAAGUUAGACCUCCUCAGCCUCUGUUUCCUCUGAUUUAUUUAUGUUUGCUCAUUGACUAAGUGUAAUGACAUCUAAGGCAGGAAAGGCUGCAUGUUGAAAAGAAGAUGUUAGAAAGCGCUACAUUAAAAUCAAAAGUACCUGCUUUGUGAUAUCCAUUACAAUAAAUGCCACACACUAACCCUUCAGCUUCACUUUGCAAAGCACAUUUUGAAAAAGCAGAAUGGCACGAUACUCUUCAAUCUGGAAAUGUGUUUUGUGCUGUCACCACAGGGAUGCAACUCUGUGAUGGCAGGCAGGCACAGGCUCUGCCCUGGCCACCAGCCCCGUAUGUGAUGGGGCCUGCAGCAGCUCUGCAGGUCUAAGGGGCAGAUGCUUCCCUUGAUGACCAGGCUGUACAUUUGGGGUGGGAGUAGUGGAGGGUGCUGAGUGUGGCUGUACAGAGCCUGGUUCUCCUCCUAAACCCCACAAGAUUUUUUAGAGAAAUCUUUUCUGCCCACUCCUUCCAUGGGCAGCUUCACAAGAAAUACAUCCUCUUGUGGGGGGCUCUUCCCUCUCCCAGCCUGAACAGUUUAUUUCAGAAUGUAAAUGCUGUAGAUUCCCAAAGUGGCUCCAGGUGCCACAGAGAUCACUUAUUCCCUUAUGUUUAAAGACAGUGGGGAAGGUGGCUCUGGAGAUCAGAUAAAUCAAUGGCACCAUUUGGGAAGUCACUGCUUUGAAGUGAACUCCACAUUGUUUCCUGCUGUAGGAUGGAGGAUGGUGGGAGAGCCCACACUGCCAUUGUUGGCUGGGCCUGCACGACCCUGUGCUUGGUCUCCUACGCAGCCGCCUUCUCGCAGGGCGCGAGCCUUUCCGCUUGCACCGACAUGAUGCCCAGGCACCUGAGGGUGCAGCUGCACAGCUCCAACAACAACUACGUCACAGUCCACACCAACAUGUCCUUCUACUUCCCAGGAGACAAGGUGCCAGUGACAGUAAGAAGCACCCGGGAUUACAUGGGCUUUAUGCUGCAAGCUCGCAAAGUGUCCAACAACGAAAUUGCUGGCACGUUCAUCUUCCUGCCUCCUGGUUCCAAGCUGCUGACUUGUUUUGAAGAUGGUGACACUGUCACACACUCGGACAAGUCACUGAAGAGAAACCUGUCCUUCGUAUGGAAAGCACCAGACCAACCCAUUGGAGACAUCAAGUUUUUCAUCUCCAUAGUCCAGUCAUACUUUGUUUACUGGGCAAAGAUUGAAUCUGCUGUUGUGGCUCAGGGAGGACAAAACAAGACUCUUGAUGACAAGAAGCCUGAUGCCGCAGCCCCUGCGCCCCCACAGGGACCAGCUGAGUCUCACCCAACAGCUGCCACUGGCUCCCUGCUGCCUGCCAGCCCCACUGGCAUCGUGGCAACACCAGCACUGGAGCCAGGGUUUGGUGUGGAGUCACACACUCAUCCCGUUGCUGAGCCGAAGCAGCCAGCCCAGUCAUCACGGGCUGUGUCCAGCAGGAGCAUCCAGUCCAGAGACUGGGGGCUGGAGCUGUCACUUCCCACCCAAGACAUUGGAAUGGUGGAUGCCUUGCAAGGUUCCCUCUCCCAGGACAAUGUCUCCAGCUCCAGCACCUUCAAUGGGCUGCUAGAAAUGUGUGUGCUUCGAGAUAAAGGAUACAGAGUUAAAAGGGGAAGUACUGACAAUGGGACCAUCUUGAAAGCCUCCCUACGUGUGACAGCGUCUCCCCCUGCCCUGCACGUACGCACUCACCCGGGUGACAUUACUGCCACCACAGCCUGGCUCGGUGAUGCCAAUGCUACUGGCAAUUUGUCCUCAGCUUCAAGGCAAAUGGCAGAAAGAGAGUUGGCACCGCAGCCAGAGGAGGCAGGCACCAGGGGUGAGGAGGACAAGGACGAGCAGGAGGCAGCUGGGAAUUCCCUGACAUGGGUGACCAGACCAGCUCCCGAAUCUGCUGUUCCCGAGAAAGAGGAAGGCCCUGGUAGAGGAACCCGACUCCUCGCAGCCCGACUUGGCAUUGUCCUGGUCUGCACGGCUGCGCUUGGCCUGGCGCUGGCAGCUGCCAUGCGCUGUGUCUGUGCCCAGCACUGCCACAAGCGGGCCGAGGUGGCCUUCAGCGAGCCCGACCCCAACGUCAUCACUGUCACGGAAAACGGGGAGGUGAUGCACUUCCGAAAGAUCCGGGAGAACAGCUUCGUGCUGGUGCAAGCUGAGUACAACUGGGUCAGCCCCUCGGGCAGUGGGAAGACUAUGGUGCUUUAG